AUGGACAGGCACCUGGCGACGGUGCUGCUGCUGGCGGCGGCGGUGGGCGUGGCGCGUGCCAGCGCUCACUUCAUCCGGCUGGCGCUGGUCGCCGUCAUGGGCCUGGCCGGCAUGUACAUGCUGCACGUGCUCGCCCAGGACUACAACGCCAUCCGGCAGCCCGUCAAGGCCAAGGUCGCCUCCGCCAUACUACGCUCCGUCAUCGCCAAGAGGUCUGCGGCAGACUCGCCGGUGGUCGGAGAGGCGGCGGCGUGGGGGCGCGUGCUGCGGGCCGAUCCCGCGGGCUGCGCGCGCAGGGUGCUCUGCGAGCUGGCCGCCAAGCCAGAGCUGCGGCUCAGCGACGCCGACAGGCGGCUCCUCGCCCUCGUCACGUGCGUACACCUCCCAGCCCAGUCACUACUUGCUCUGUUUUAA